AUGAAAGGAAUCAAAAGAAUCAUCCCUGAACUUAUGCAAUCUGUGGACAGAGCCAUUAGUGCUCUGAAGGAAGAAGAACCUGAUCUGGUUUUUACAUUUGAAGCAGGUGCUACUGGAAUUGCAAGAGUUAGGGAUGGUUUUUGUUUUGUAAAUUCUUUCGGUUAUUUCAGGAUUUGGGAUCGGGUUCUAAAGCUUAGGAGAGGAGACUGUUUCGCUGUCGUUAGAUUGUGUGGCAACGUGAGCCAAUGCCAACAGAAAGGAGGAGGAGACGGAAGGCUGUAUUCCGAAUCUAUGUCCAAAUUGGACAGUGCAAAGAUGAUCAUUGAUGCUGGGAGUUCGGAUAACAUAGCGUCCACGGAGAUGGUGGGUCAGUUGGGGCUGGGGAAGUUAAAGCAGGACGUCUGGUGUGAGGUCGUCCUUAUGUAUUACAUAUCCUACUCAGAAGACCUCUUCUUUCUUGGUAUAUGUUGUCUUUCCUCAAGUCUAAACCCAAAGGUAUCUAAGGGAAUCAAACCCAGCUUUUCAGGUAGCUGCUUCAAUUGCAUGCAUCUCACCCCCACGCUCGUUCAUUCCCCAUGCUCGGUUGACUUGCCAUAUUAG